GUGACAAAUCUGCCUAAAAAUUCUAAACGUAAACAUGCCAAUAAUACGACUGAUGUUAGUAUUUUUGGUGUUUAAAAGUGUGCUCACAGGUGUAAAUGGAAAUAAUAGCAACUCUGAAAAUGAUUCCAAAGUUCUUCAAAUGCUGACAUCCCUAAGAAAUGAGUUUCAAGACAUGAAAGAUAAGUUAGAAAGACUGCGUUCAGAGACAGCAACGGACACCUACAUUAGAUGGGGAAGAUCUUCUUGUCCAAGCGGAGCAACAACCGUUUAUGACGGAUUUGCUGCAGGGUCAUACCAUAGCCAUAGUGGAGCAGCUGCUAAUUAUAUCUGUUUGUCAAAAAAGCCAAAAUUCAAUUCUCACUAUUCAAAUCCUCCUUACGUCAAUUAUAUAUACGGAGCUGAGUACCAAACUUCCGGAAGUAUUUGGAACAAUCUCCAUAACCACGACGUUCCAUGUGCCGUAUGUCGCAUUCCACGUAGCAGUGUCAUCAUGGUUCCUGGCACAGACGACUGUCCUGAAAAUUUUAGAGUAGAGUAUAGAGGUUAUCUUAUGUCUGGAUAUUAUAGGCACGCUGCAGCAACAGAAUUUGUCUGUGUGGAUGGUCAUUCUGUAACAGCCCCAUAUUCGAGCAAAACUAAUAAAGAUGGGAAGUUAUUUUAUUUUGUUCGAGCUAAGUGCGGCUCAUUAAAAUGUCUGCCAUAUGAAGAGGGGAAGCAGAUCACAUGUGCCGUGUGUUCUUAUUCUCCUUAGAAUCAAGUACGAUAUAGCAAACUUUCGAAAAUGGUAAUGUGUCCUCUUUGUGAGUUAUUUCUGUAUUACAUUUAUAUUUUUACAUUAGGUUUGAUAAACCGCAAGUGACGUCGUAACGUCGUUUAUCCAGAAAACGUAAAAUGAAAUCUAGACUCUGUAUACAGAAAUAAAAUCGUUUUAAUGAAUAAAUUACAACCAGUGAGUAAAUUUAUUUAAACGGCAGCGUUGUUCUUUUUGUAAAGAUAAAAUGUGAUACCAAAAGGUCUGACAUGUUAGAAAUCCAAUUCUAAUACGCUUAUUUCUACGCUAAAAUGACUUCAUUUUUUGUUGCGACCAAGAAAGAGCGCUGCUAUAUUUUAUAUACUGGUUUAAAGGGAAUACCUAUAGUUUUAAUUCGCAUCUAUCUGCGCAGCCGACAAUAUGUAUGGAAAAUUGAAAUGAAGUCAAUAUUUGUUGAAACAUGUGACAGACAAUCUUAAAUAUGGGGAAUCUUGAAUAAAAUAACAUUUUUAAAAAAGUUUUAUCGGUAAUUAAAUGUUGAUAUUGGUUUAUAUUGUAUUGACAUGUAUCAUGCCUGACUUGUAUCAUGUAACUUGCCAUUUGUGGCUGUGUUUUUAGUACAUAGACAAUAUUGUUCAUAUAAUGUUAGACAAUUAACUCUGUAUUGAUAAGACAAUAUCUUCUUUCAGAUUGUUUAGUAUCCAAUUAUAUAAAGAAUUAAGAGUUUUUUAAAAACUUUUUUUAACUUCUAGCAGAUAUACAUGUAAUCAAUUUGGUCAUGUUCGUGCCAUUUUUCGUCUGAACAGGUGUUGUAUUCAAACGGUAUUAACAUACAUUUUUGACCAUUUUUAUGUUCACAAUCCAAUUAUCUAUACACAAGAAAAAACAGGAAAAAUAUCUUUAAAAAUUUAAAAAGAUAUUCUUCACUAUGGGUAUCUUUUAUUGAAAGAAGUUCAAAAAAGUGAAUAUGAAACAAGAUUUUUUUUUUCAUUUAUACCCAUUAUUGUAAUGGCAUGAUAUGACUAUGAUAUCAAAUAAGUAUAUAAUAAAAUCUGUUAAAAGAAAUAACCUAAUUGUGCUGUCUUGAUGCAUAAUUUUUAUUUUGAAUGUUGUUUAUAAAAAAAGCAGAAAAUUAUGAAAAUGUUGAAAAAUCGCUGCCAGUUUCAGCAACAGUGGAUGUAUUCAAAACAUUUUUUUAACAAAAACAAGUCUGGCGACCCAUUUUUUUAUUUGAUCAUUGUUUUCAGCAUAAAUUUUCCUAUCAUAUAUGUGAAUUUAAAAAAAAAAUCUAUGAAAGGAAAAAACUAUAAGAAUUCUCUUUAGAUUAAGGGCAUAUUAGAAUCUAAAUAAUGUAUAGCAAAAUCUUGUUUUAACAAAUUAAUACACUCAAAAUCAGUUAUACGUCGCCAGAAUAAUUCUCUCGGGAUAGGCCCUCGUGAAUUUCUACAGCGGACUUAUAACCUCUUUCCGUGUAUUAAUAACAAUUAAAAUUAGCGUGUAAUGUGCGGAUCUCUUUAAUCAUGGACAAAUGACUAAAAACAAACGCAUGGACCUACACAGUUUAUUUCAACAUAUUACAGACUAUAUGUUUAUGUACAACGCAAAAAAUCGAACACGCUUGCCAACAUUUGUAAGCAUAUUCUUAAGUUUAAAAAAAAUCAGUGUGUAUGGGUGAGUGCGUGUGCGUGCCUGCCUGCCUGCGUGUUUGCGUGAUUCAAUACUUUUUCAACAAUUUUUCAGUCAUAUAAACUACAGUGUCUGAUUGCAGCAGUGAGCAUAAUGCCCAAGUUUAUAGUGCUGCCUCACUGGAAUAUCCCUUAUUUAACAGCAAAUUUAUGUGUUAUCAUGACGUCAGAAUCCGCACGUGUAGCUUUCUUUCCCUAGGAAAAGAUAAAGUUAUCAUUGCAGAACUGAAAAACUUGUCGUUCUUGCUAUAUAGGCAAGAAUCAUUCUUACUAGACUUUGCAAAAAUACUUUUUAGUUUGAAAAUUGUCAUAAUUACAAAAUAUAAGGAUUUUAAGCUAUUCGUUCUCGUCAAAAUGAUGUGCUAUUUUCAAACAAGCAAAGAGGUUUCCAGUGAUACAACGUUUUACCUCGAGAAAGAAAGAAGGCUACAUUGCAGAUUUUGCAUGAUCAAUAUAUAAUUUUCACUUAAUAUUAUAUCUAAAUCACAUUUCUAUAUUAUGAAGGCAGAUAUUGACAAUAUGCGUGGUAAAAUACAAUCAAGUCUGUCAAUACGAACUGUCUUUCUAAUGAAGUUUGUGCACUAGGUUUGGAAAGUGCGUCUAUUAUUGAAUCUUACGUAAAUAUUU